AUGCCCAACACAACUGGGCUGCAGAGGGCACAUGCCCCCCAGUAUCCAGCCGAACCACCUUUACCCCAACGGGUCGAUACAAUUAGAGAUUUACUCGACGGAAAGAGGCCUUUUGGUAGCCUUGUAUGCGUUGUUGGUCUGGUGAAGGAUCAACGAUUGCCCAAGCAAACCAAGGGGGCGGAUUGGAAGUCUGAGUUAACUUUAUACGACCUCUCCAUCGAGUACGAAAAUGACGGCAUCGUUUUUAGCAUCUUUCGCCCCCAGGCUGACAUGCCGAUGUGCAAUGUGGGAGAUAUUGUCUUCAUCAUCGAUGCUAAGCUUCAACACUACAAUGGUAGAACCUCCUUGAUCACCAACCAGGCCACUAUCAUCCAAGUCUACAAGGCAUGCAGAAUCCCCGAGUGGCCGCACCCUGCCGAGCCAGCCCUGGAGCCCCCCACGAGAAGAGACAAGCAUUCGCUCACUGCUGAGGAGCAUUUGUAUGUGUCAUGGAUGUACCACAAGAUCGACAAGUGUUUGCUUCCCACCGAAGAGGAGUUUCAGCAGCGCGCUGCCCAGUCGUUGAACGUCAAAGAAAAGUUCACCUUGCUCAAGGAUGUCCAUGAGGGCCAAUUCUGCGAUUUGAUCGUGGAAGUCGUCAGAGAGCCGCAUGCUUUCCUCGACAUGGUGACACUUUACGUCUCUGACUACACAGAAAACUCGGCAUUUCACCCCCAGGCCUGGGAUAUGGUCCCCAAUCUCGCCGGCGACCCCUACGGCUACCUUCCGGCCAGCAGUCAGGCCUCCAAGAAGGAGUGGUAUGGGCCUCAUGGGAAAAUGUCGCUUCAAAUUACCUGCUACGAACCCCACGCCAGCUUCAUUACAAACCACGUCUCAGCCAAGCAGUGGGUGUAUCUACGGAACGUCCAGAUCAAGUAUGGCCGCGACGGGAAGUAUCUGGAGGGGUUUAUGCGCGAAGAACGAAACAUUUCCGCCUCUCGAGUCAAUGUACAGCUCAUGGAUACAACGAACCGUGACACCGUAGACCCCCGCUUAAAGGAUGCUAUCCGCCGAAAGCUUGAGUAUGGAAAGAAAGUGAAAGAAGAUCUCAGGCAAAUCAAGGCUGCUCAAGAAGCCGGCCUAAAGCGAAAGGCCUCCGAAGCCAGCGUAGGCGAGAAGCAGGAACUCAACUCCAAGCUGCGUCGGCAGCUGAAACGCCGGAUCCGGGAGCAGAAGGAAAAAGGGGGGAAGCAAAACCGGGAACAGCAGCUCAAUCUCAACCAAGCUGUCACCUGCGAGAAGCACGACGACGUGCCCGACUCGACCAUCGAGUCCAUCCUCGAGCCAACCAUUUACAACCCCACAGUCGACCAGCAGCCUGUUGGGCUCCUCCUGCCCUUCGUUUGCGCCAAGUACCAGGCCUUUGUACGUGUCGUCGACUUCUGGCCGCCGAACCUCGAAGACUUCGCCUGCAGCCGCAAGGUCAGCGAGUUCGACAUGAUCUCGGACUACGACGGCUCCGACAUGGACUCGUCAGCGUCCUGUUCUAAAUCUGAAGAAGACGAAGCUGCUGAAUCAGAGAGCAGACGCAUCUGGGAAUGGCGCUUCUUCCUCCAACUUGAGGACCCAACCCCUGCUUCCGACACCAGCAACAGCGAGAAUUCCACCAACAAACCGCGUCCCCGUCUCUGGGCACUCGUCGACAACGCCGAAGCGCAAUGCCUCACCGGCCUCGACGCCUGCGAUCUCCGUAAGGACACCCGCGCGCUAGCGACCCUGCGCGAGCGCAUGUUCACCUUGUGGGGGAACCUCGAGGAAGUCAAAACACAAGUGCAGCAGGGAAAGGAACAAGCAGCAAAGCAAAAAGCUGCGGCUGCUCGGCCACGACACCAGCCCCCUGGGGCGGCGGAUAAGGCGCUGAACCUGGAACGGCCGCCGCUGGAUAGCUCGGAUGAUGAGAGGGAAUAUGGGAGCACUUCUGGGAUAGUCAAUGAGUAUUUUGUGCAGUACCUUGGGCAUUCGGCCAUACAUCUGUACAUCAAGCCACUCAAACAAGGUAAGGCCAAAAUCAAGUAA